AUGGCUCCUAAAGAUGCACACAAUUCAUAUGGCCUGAAGGGUGCCGAGGAUACGGGGACCAAAGACUCUGGCAGCAACACGGCACCGGCAGAACCUCAUAACUCAUACGGUCUGAAGGGUGCCGAGGAUACGGGGACCAAAGACUCUGGCAGCAACACAGCACCAGCAGAACCUCAUAACUCAUACGGCCUGAAGGGAGCUGAGAGCACAGGUGUCAAGGAUUCCAAAAGGAGAUAUGUUUCGCCGGACACAGAAGAUCUGAGUGUGGCAUCUCUCUUCUCUUUCAGUGACUAUAAUUGCCUCGUAACAGGUGGUGCUACAGGUCUAGGUGAAAUGGCAGCACAAGCAUUUGUCCAAAAUGGAGCACGAGUCAUCAUAGCCAGCCGAAAAGAGUCCGAGCUUAAGAAGACGGCAGACAGACUCAACAGUAUUGGACCCGGUAGGUGUGAGUAUGUUGUGGCUGAUCUGAAGGACAAGGCUGGUUGCGAGAAGCUUGUAUCGGAGGUCAAGAAGAAGGUCGAUUACCUAAAUGUGCUGAUCAACAACUCUGGAGCCACCUGGGGCGCUCCAUACGAUGAUUUCCCUGAGUCAGGCUGGGAUAAACUCAUGGCACUCAAUGUCAAGUCAAUCUUCUACACCACUGUUGGUCUCGAAUCUCUGCUCCUAAAACGUGCCACUGCCGACAAUCCAACUCGUGUGAUUAACAUCGCCAGUAUGGCAGCUAUAUCCACUAGCGAUGUAACAACGACAGAGAGCGGAGGACUUUCAGCCGUAGGAUCAGGCACGUACAGCUAUGGCCCUUCAAAAGCAGCAUGCGUACACCUUUCCCGACUGCAAGCAGCCAAACUGGCACCGCAGCACAUCAACGUUAAUGUGAUAUGUCCAGGAGUCUUUCCUAGCCGAAUGACGAGGUUUGGGAUGGACACAGCGAUGGAUGCGUUGGUAAGCCGACAACCAGGUGGGAGAAUAGGAACACCGAAGGACUUUGCAGGUCUAGUCUUGUUCCUCAGCGGACGUGCUGGAGCUCAUAUGGUUGGCACAGUACAAGAGAUUGAUGGUGGUAGUACAAGGACGGGAUUCAAAACUGUUGGGAGGGACUCAAAGUUGUAG